AUGACUGACCAUCUACAAUUAUCUAAACGAAGAAAAUGCAACGCAACAAAGGCCAACCAGUUUAUGGUAAAGAUUCCAAAGAGUAACAUGCUAGAAUUUGAUGCUUCUGACUCUGAUGGGAGUAUGAACACCACGUUAUUUGACGAAGAACAGUUACACGAAGAAAACUGUACAAACUUUAGAAACUCAGUACAACUACAUGUCAACUCGGUGUCAUUGAAUAAAAACUUGAAGUUUACCGGGUACAGAAAAAGAAUUAGGGAAGUGGAGAUUACAAUGACUCAAAACCAUGACUCUUCUUUCGACAACUCAUGCCCUUUAAAUAAUCCCUUUAUUACUGCAACCCAAGAGAAGCACCCCGACGUGAAAGGUUCAGUCGAUCUUGAUUCAAAUGUAACUUUUAUUAAAUGGUGUGACGAAUUGAAUUCUAUACAAAAAAAAGAAAAGAAACUCAUCAACCAACUCUAUGUUGAAAGGUACAAGUUGUACAUGAGAUAUGAUCUGUUGAACAAAGUGUUGAACAAAUAUGCUAGUCAAUUGAGUGCCGAGGAAUCCCAGUUAAGUGAGAAAUUUGAACACAUCAAGAAGACGUUCUCAGAUAUUCUCAAUCUCACAGUUUAA